AUGAUUAUUGCCACAAAUGACGCGAAAUGGCACUGUGUUGGAUCUCCCAAGUUAGGCAGCGCACUAAGUGGGGGAAAAACGUUAUCCACAUGUGAACAGCACUCUACAUGUCUAUCUGGAUCGACCCAAGCCCUUUUGGCUUUGAAAAAGGUUUCCCAAGACGUCAUCCGCGGUGAGAAUGGAGGUUUAGAUUCAUCUAUCUCAUGGGUCACAACCAACCAGUCAUGAGUACCUCCAGCUAGCGCCACGAAGGGAAGACUGACUGUUCUUUACGACGAUGCUCUACAUCAGCAAGAAAUAGCAGACAACUUUAUCCAUGUGGUUAAUCAACGCUGCUCCCCAGUUUUUGAGAUACUUGCUGCCUUAGCGGAAGCCCUGCGUGGUGAAUGUACCCAUAUGUUUCCCGUCAUGAACAAUGCCUUAGAAGGGCUCACAAGAGAAGCCAUGAGGGUGUCACAAGUGUUUGAGAGGCUGAAUGCCACUCAGGAGGGGCGGGUGGAGGAAAGUGAUAAACUCCGCCGCCAAGUUGGCACACUUCGGGAUGUUCAGGCCAAGCAUCAGUCAGAUAUUGAACAAAUAGAGGAAACCAUCGAUGCAUUAAAGCGAUCCAUUGAGGAAAAGCAUAAUGGAAAGAUAUAUGUGGAUUCGACAUCCCAACCCAUUAAAGAGCUCCUUCAGACGCAUGCAGAGUGUCUUCAGAAGAAUGACGCUCUUCGUCAUGAGAUUUCCGCGUUGGCAACAGCAAAUACGAGCCUUGAAGAGAUGCAAAAAAGGGAAGAAGCGUCGCUGUGCCUGGUGAGGGCGCAACUGGGCAGGCAGAGUUUCUGUCUUGAGUUACUGGCAUCGCGUGCGAGUGCAAAUGGCGCAGAAACGAAAGAAAUCGAAGUGGAAAAGUCUGCGCAUCUUGCAGCCGAGGCUAAGAAGCUCAACGAAAGAGUGCUUACUCUGCACUGUGCUGCAGAUGCCGCCAAGUCGCGUAUGGCUCUGAGGCAAUCAGGUGCAGCCAUGGCUUGGCCUUCACAGGGCAAUCAAAUCUUGAUGUUUGCUGAGGAAAUGCAAGUGGUCUACCACUGCGAGCAACCGGCAAGUGCUGUGGCUGCAGCAGCCACAAAGGCAGCAGUUGAAAAGUUGCAAGCUGGUGGGGGCAACGGGACCUCUGAAAUCGCAACUUCAAAUGGCAUCAAUGAGGAUGUCUUAUUGCAGAAUGCAUGGGAACAUUCCGCUGCUCAGUUGGAAGCUCUUAAAGAGCGAACAACAGACGAACUACGCGAAGCGCCGAAAUGGGGAGAGUUGCUGGCCGACUUGGCUCUCCCGACUUCAACUAGAAGAAAAGAAAUUGCUGAUGAGGAGUUGGCAAUUUGCGACGAACGCUUUCGGCGAGAAGUCCAGAGAAUGCGAGCGCAGCAUGAAAAAAAAUUAGAAUCCAUGAAAAGCCAGCUGGCAAAAAGUCUUUGCCGGCUCGCAAGAUCCAAUGCAGGCGGAUCCUUGGGUAAUGCGUGCUAG